AUGGCAGUCCUAUCCGCCCGAUAUUGCUAUGGGUACAACAGCGACUGUUAUUCCACCUGGGACUCUUGGGGUCGCUGGGUAGCGUUCGCCGUAAUCGUCGGUGUAGCUUUCCUACUCUUCUUCGGGUUCGCAUGCUUCAACGCACGCCGUCGCCGAACUCAUGGCCAGCGCCCUCUCACAGGAACCGGAUGGAUGGCUCCUCCUCCAGGACCUCCUCCGCCAAACCAGCCCAUCUACCAGCAACCUCCCUACGGCGACCCUUACUAUCAGCAAAAUGCGCCUCCACAAUACAGCCCGAACCCUCAACACCACGGCUACUUCGGUGCGCAAAACGCAUCCCCACAGCAGCAAGGCAUUGAGUUGCAGCAGCCUCCGAAUGCGUACGGUGGCAGUGGACCUUAUGCGCCGCCCUCUGGCCCCCCACCACCCAACGGCCACAAGGGCUAG